CGCCAGCCGCAAAGCUGCUGUCCACGUGGACCGGUGCUGAAAUCUCUCGUCCGGCUGCUGCCAGAGCCUCUCCAGCGAAACCCAGAGACAUGGCAACAAACGGAACGAAAGUGGCCGACGGACAGAUCUCCACGGAAGUUGAUGCUUCGAUCACCAAUGACAAGCCCAAAACCUUGGUAGUAAAAGUGCAAAAGAAGAAGACAGACCUUCCAGACCGAGAUACUUGGAAAGGGAAAUUUGACUUUCUUAUGUCCUGUGUAGGUUAUGCCAUUGGCUUAGGGAAUGUGUGGCGAUUUCCGUACCUCUGUGGCAAGAAUGGGGGAGGUGCUUUUCUGAUUCCCUAUUUCCUUACUUUAAUUUUUGCUGGAGUGCCACUGUUUCUUCUGGAGUGUUCCCUUGGUCAGUAUACGUCUAUAGGAGGCCUUGGAGUGUGGAAGCUUGCUCCAAUGUUCAAAGGUGUGGGUCUAGCUGCUGCAGUCCUGUCCUUUUGGCUAAAUAUUUACUACAUUGUGAUUAUUUCCUGGGCCAUAUACUACCUGUAUAAUUCUUUUACCACUACUCUUCCUUGGAAACACUGUGAUAACCCAUGGAACACCGACCGCUGCUUCUCCAAUUAUACCUUAGCAAACACCACCAACAUGACAAGUGCCGUGGUUGAGUUCUGGGAACGCAACAUGCACCAAAUGACUGAUGGAUUGGAAAAACCAGGGCAAAUCCGAUGGCCGCUAGCAAUUACUCUAGCAAUUGCCUGGAUUCUGGUGUACUUUUGUAUCUGGAAGGGGGUAGGCUGGACCGGAAAGGUGGUAUAUUUCUCUGCUACUUAUCCCUAUGUUAUGCUGCUUAUCUUGUUCUUCCGUGGUGUAACACUGCCUGGAGCAAAGGAAGGCAUUUUAUUCUAUAUAACUCCCAACUUCAGUAAGCUUUCAGACUCUGAGGUUUGGCUGGAUGCUGCCACACAGAUUUUCUUCUCCUAUGGUUUGGGUCUUGGUUCACUGAUUGCCCUUGGAAGUUACAACCCUUUCCACAAUAAUGUUUACAGGGACUCCAUCAUAGUGUGCUGCAUAAACUCAUGCACAAGCAUGUUUGCUGGCUUUGUCAUCUUCUCCAUUGUUGGAUUCAUGGCUAAUGUCACAAAGAGGCCGAUUGCAGAUGUUGCAGCAUCAGGCCCUGGACUGGCAUUUCUAGCUUAUCCAGAAGCAGUGACACAGUUACCAAUUUCUCCUUUGUGGGCAAUACUGUUCUUCUCCAUGUUGCUUAUGCUCGGAAUUGACAGUCAGUUCUGCACUGUGGAAGGAUUCAUAACAGCUUUGGUGGAUGAAUUUCCCAAGUUACUGCGCAAUCGAAGAGAAAUCUUCAUUGCUGUUGUGUGCAUUGUUUCCUAUCUGAUAGGGCUGUCCAAUAUCACUCAGGGUGGAAUCUACGUGUUUAAGCUUUUUGACUACUACUCUGCCAGUGGAAUGAGUCUCUUGUUCCUUGUAUUCUUUGAGUGCAUCUCGAUAUCCUGGUGCUAUGGUGUUAAUAGAUUUUAUGACAACAUCCAAGAGAUGGUGGGAUACAGACCCUGCAUCUGGUGGAAACUCUGCUGGUCAUUUUUCACUCCUAUCAUUGUGGCAGGAGUGUUUAUCUUCAGCGCUGUCCAAAUGACUCCGCUCACGAUGGGAAGUUACGUUUUCCCAAAAUGGGGCCAAGGGGUUGGUUGGUUCAUGGCUUUGUCUUCUAUGGUGCUGAUACCAGGCUAUAUGGCAUAUAUGUUUCUAACCCUGAAAGGCUCCUUAAAACAGCGCAUUCAAGUAAUGAUUCAGCCAAGUGAAGACAUCGCUCAUCCUGAAAACGGGCCAGACCAGGCCCAACAGAGCAACUCCGCAAACAAAGAAGCCUACAUCUAAACUCCUGUAUUGUAAAAGUACCAAUACUACUCCAGAAAAACAAAAAAUAUGGUUGAAUAUGACCACAAAUUUAUGUCUGAGAAUAUAAUUACCUACCUCUAGUGGCAAAAAAAAA